AUGACUUCAUUUGUCCAAGUUGUGGAGAUUGUCAAGAGAGGCGGCAAUCGAGCUGUCUCCAUCAAUAGCCCACCUGCUGAAUCAGAUAUCAAUUUGACGUCGCAUGGUUCAGAUUGGUUGUGGGCCGUGUUUGCCUUGUUUGCAUUCUUUGCCGUGAUCCACGGCUUCAUUUACAGUUUGACGAGUGUCCGCCGCAGCGGCUUGAAAAAAUCAUUGUUGAUUAUCCCCUUGUUUAUCAACUCGGUUAUGGCGUUUGCUUACUACACUUAUGCUUCAAACUUGGGCUAUACUUGGAUUGACACCGAGUUCCAUCACGUGACCACUGAUCGGGGGCUCAAUGUGCGCCAAAUCUUUUACACAAAGUACAUUGGCUGGUUCUUAUCCUGGCCCUUGGUUUUGACAAUCUUCACCAUUGUCACGCACACGAGCUUGACUGAUGACAGAGAGGACAUUUUAAAGAGAAUUGUGCAGGUGUUUUCAGCGAUUUUCACGCGGUUCUUGUCGAUUGAGGUGUUUGUCUUGGGUUUGUUGAUUGGCUCCUUGAUUAGAUCGUCUUACAAGUGGGGUUACUUUACCUUUGCCGUGGUUGCCCAGUUGUUCACCAUCUAUUUGGUCUGUGUUGACUUGCACACGAGCUUUGCCGCAGCUUCAAGAAAUGUCGUUGGUAACGUCAUUAUCAUCUUGUUCAUCGUUGUGUGGAUCUUGUACCCAGUCGCGUGGGGUUUAUCCGAAGGUGGUAAUGUUAUCCAACCCGAUUCAGAAGCAGUGUUUUACGGUAUCUUGGACUUGAUCACUUUUGGCUUUGUCCCCAUCAUUUUGACUUGGAUUGCCAUCAACAACAUCGAUGAAGAUUUCUUCACCAAGAUUUGGCACUUCCAUUUGAACAACAAUCGCGGCGGCGUCGGUUCAACUGUGCCCAGCCAUGAUGCUGAAAAGGUGAUUGAAACUCCAAGACACUCGGGUGACACUGCGGUUCCACCAAGUGGGGUUCCUCUCACCGAUGAGCCUAUUGUUGAGACUGCCGAUGUCGAAGAGGUGAGAAGAGUCUAG